AAAAAAAAAGUCACGUUUUUUUUUUAGCUUCAGCCACUAAAUGGGCCGUACAUAUACGGGCUUAAGCUCACAACACUACUAUUGAUCGCAGGCCUGGUUAUUUCUCAAAACAAACAUCCUUAACAAAAUAGCGAAGAAUAAAUUAAAUACAGAAAACAAAAAAAAAGAAAGUCAAAACCGCUCUUGAGCCUCAUUAACCACUUGGAGUGUGGAAGCAUGAGCAAUCACGGCUCCUACACGUGGCUCUAACCACUUCAUUCGCUUUCGGUCUGCUCUGCCGAGGCUAGCCGUUCUCCUCCGCCAGAUUCAAAUAUUUCCUCCGCCGUCCUCCGGCUCACGAGCUUAAUUAAUCGACCAUUUUUACCGUACUUUAGAACCUUGGCCAUAUAUGUCAAUGGAGAAGCGAGUCAAAUACAAGAGCUCUGUGAAGGAUCGAGGAACGCUUGGAUCCCUCAAAAUAAGUGAAGUGAUGUUGCUUUUUGUCCCAAAUGAUCCUAAAUCAGAUUUGAAGCUUAAAGUUCAGACUCACAACAUCAAAAGUCAGAAAUAUACCAAACAAGGAUCAAAUAAACCUCCUUGGCUCAAUCUGACCAAUAAGCAGGGAAGGAGUCAUAUCUUUGAGUUUGAAAAUUAUCCCGACAUGCAUGCUUGUCGAGAUUUCAUCACUAAGGCCCUUGCUAAAUGUGAUGAGGAGUCUAAUAAAUCAGUUGUCUCUACACCUUCUGAGCAACUUAGUAUGGCAGAAUUUGAGCUACGCUUCAAGCUUCUUCGAGAAAAUAGUGAGUUGCAGAAAUUGCAUAAGCAAUUUGUGGAAAGUAAAGUCCUGACGGAAGACGAAUUCUGGUCUACAAGGAAGAAAUUACUUGGUAAAUAUUCCAUUAGAAAGUCAAAACAACAGAUGGGGCUUAAAAGCAUGAUGGUUUCAGGCAUCAAACCAUCUUCUGAUGGGCGGACUAAUCGGGUGACGUUUACCUUAACGUCUGAGAUAAUUUUUCAGAUUUUUGCUGAGAAGCCGGCUGUUCGGCAGGCAUUCAUAGAUUAUGUUCCGAAAAAGAUGACAGAAAAGGACUUCUGGACAAAAUAUUUUAGAGCAGAAUAUCUUUACAGCACAAAAAAUACAGCAGAAGCUGCUGAGGAUGAGGAACUCGCUGUCUUUCUGAAGCCUGACGAGAUAUUGGCUCGGGAAGCUCGUCAAAAGAUGAGACGGGUUGAUCCAACUCUUGACAUGGACGCUGACCAGGGAGAUGACUACACUCAUCUUAUGGACCAUGGGAUCCAGCGCGAUGGCACCAAUGACGCUGUUGAACCACAGAAUGACCAGCAUAGGAGGUCACUUUUACAAGAUCUUAAUCGCCAUGCUGCUGUUGUAUUGGAAGGAAGAUGCAUCGAUGUUGAGUCAGAAGAGACGAGGAUUGUUGCAGAGGCUCUCACACGGGCGAAACAAGUAAGCAAAGCUAACCAGGAGAGGUUGGAGAGAAUGUCCCGUGCAGCAGAGAUGGAGGAUCUUCAAGCACCACAAAACUUCCCACUAGCCCCCCUCUCUAUCAAGGACCCUCGUGAUUACUUUGAAUCUCAACAAGGAAACGUCCUCAGUGAACCCAGAGGAGCAAGGGCAUCAAAGAGAAAUGUAUAUGAAGCUUAUGGAUUACUAAAAGAAUCCAUUUUGGAGAUUAGAAUGACGGGAUUAAGUGAUCCGUUGGUUAAACCUGAAGUUUCCUUUGAGGUUUUCAGUUCGUUGACCCGAACUAUCUCAACUGCCAAAAAUAUUAUCGGGAAGAACCCACGGGAGAGCUUUCUGGACAGAUUACCAAAGUCCACUAAGGAUGAAGUUAUACAUCACUGGACAUCAAUACAGGAAUUACUGAGACAUUUUUGGUCAUCUUACCCGAUAACAACAACAUAUCUUAAUACCAAGGUUGCUAAACUGAAGGAUGCAAUGUCCAAUACUUAUUCACUACUCGAUGCAAUGAAACAGUCGGUGCAGUCUGAUCUCCGGCAUCAGGUUUCGUUACUAGUUCGUUCAAUGCAACAGGCUCUUGAUGCUGCGUUCCAACACUACGAAUCGGACUUGCAGAGAAGAACCGCUAAGAUUGCAUAAAGAACGUUUUGUACUUGGAAAGAACAAAGAGCUUUUAUUUGCCAAAUAAUUAACCAUUGGACUAAACAUUUAAAUUUUGUAGUGAUAAGAUUCUCAAAGAACUUGAUUGAGAAGCAUUAGUGGGGUUUGGUUAAGAAUGUUGCUUGAGCUAUAAGGAACCUCUCUGUACCCUAA